GACCAGUGAUUAAAAUUGAGUUAUCAAAGUGCAUUUAAAGAGUGAGGACAGAAGCAGAAUAGCUGAAUAGCUGCAUGUGUCUUUCCUUUAGUACAUAUCAGUCUCUUCAGAGCCAUUCCUCCUGCACCUCUAAUUCCUAUAGCUCCUUAGUCACUAAUGCGGAUAAUGACCUGAACUGUGGUGAGAACUUCAGGUUCAGAGGAUGCUAAUUCCACUUGCUCUUGCUGGUAGAGGACACUUGUGUAGGAGCUCACAAUAAUUGUGUUUUCUUUGGAAGCUGUUGAUUGGAGAUUCUUUUUCAAAAAUGGGGAAGCGUAGUGAUCGCUUGUGUGGAAAUUUGAGUUGUGAAAUGUCUCAAAAGGCAGUUAUUGAUGGGAGUCUCAGUUACAUUCAAGAAACAGCUAGAUAGGACAAGUGCUUGUUGUCUUUCUCACUAAGCUGUUUGGCUAGAGGACAUAAGGUGAAGAGCCAGUGAGAUGCAAAAAAGAGUGGCAAGACCUAUAGUGCUAUCAUCCUGAACAUCUAGAAGAGCAUACAUUUACUCAAAGCUCGACCAAGGCAAUUAGAAGAAGAGCGCAGCUUCAACAUGGAGCCCUAUGGACCCAUGCUAGACCACAGCCAAUCACAAAUGAGUGGACUAGACAGGUCACCUGCUGGAUGGCAUAAACCUACACACUCCAGGAGCAGCAGCACUGCAUCUUCUCGCCACUCUCGACAGAACAUAAAGGACUGGGAGAUAAUGGAUGAUCUGCAGGCAGAUAUGGGUCCCAGUGGAGAGACCAUGCAGGAUAUGAGUCCUCCAGGCAUUUGUGAAGGCUACCUAAUGAAGAGGAGAAAAUGGCCCCUGAAAGGCUGGCACAAGAGGUUCUUUGUGCUGGACAAAGGCAUCCUUCGAUAUUCAAGAAAUCAAUAUGAUAAUUCUAAGGGGAAGUUAAGUGGGUCGAUGGAUGUCAGUCUUGCAGUGAUGUCAGUAAACAGAAAAGCAAGACGUAUAGACUUAGAUACAGGAGACAAUCUCUAUCACAUCAAGACAAAGAGCCAUGACUUGUUCUACAUUUGGGUGACCAAACUGAGUGCCCAUCGUAUAUUUAAGAAGAACGAGGCAGCACAUGUUCACAAUGGCUUUCUGCAUGCUCUGUCUCAUGGCAGCAGCGUAGUUCAGAGGAAUGGUGCCAUGCAAGAUGUGUAUCAAAGCAUAUCUGGCUCGUGCCUGGCUGAUAUAGCUGCUCAGAGUACAGAUCCACCCUCUGCUAAUCCUGGUGUCAAUGGGAAAGUGUCUGCCUGGCUGCAGCAUGCUCAGGACCCAGAUAGCUGCACUCAAGAACUGAACCGCUGUCAGAUAGAUUUGAAUGAUCUGAACCGACUAGUGCAGAAGCUGCACUGCCUUGAAUCAGGCCAGGCUUUUAGCAAUGGAGAACUUCAGAGGAUCAUCAGCAUGCAGAACCUUUCACUUGAAAAGCCUAAGAAGAAAUGUGGCAAAAUUUGGGGCCACUCUCGUACACUUUCUCGGGUUGAGGCUCUAGGAAUGCCACUGCGUAGGAUUACUAAAUCGUUAUCAUCCAGCCACUUGAGUGUUUCAUCCCACCUGGGCACCUCUGUGCCCUCCAUCCCUGAUUAUGUCUAUUCCCAGCUUGCUCCCCCAGCCUACAGCUCUUCUGAGAGCAGGAAGCUCCACCAGGACAUCUGUGCUGUGUCCCAAAGAGUGCACGCUUCUCUGAGGUCAGUGCAUGAAGCUCUGUCUCAGGAGCGCCAACGGCUUCAAGAAUCAUGGACCAGUGGAGAGCUUCGCCAGAAAACUUCCACUCAGAUCGACAGCCUGUGUUCCACCCUAACUGAGUCUGAAUCUGGACGGCGUUCCUCUGACCGACCACCCUCAGUAGCAGACUCAAUGGCAGAGUAUUUUGAUGCAUGUGAUGACAUCUGUGCAAGCUCCACUGAGGCAUCAGAUGAGUCAGGUCUGAGUGAUGCCUCUAGUAACUCAGAGCCUGAUGAGGGUCAUGCAACAUCAACACGGAAGUACCGGGCCAGCCUUUCCAAGGCGCCUUCAAAGUCCAAACGAGUCCUGCAGAACACAGGCCGCCGCACAACCCUGGCUGCAGUCUGUCCCGAUAACAGCCAUGUAGGUCUCAUGGCCAUCCUUUAUAACAACAUUGGCAAGGACCUGUCACGCGUGUCCAUGCCUGCAGCCCUGAAUGAGCCUGUCAAUCUGCUCCAGAGGCUUUGUGAGGAGCUGGAGUACUCAGAACUACUGGACAUAGCAAAUCGGACAGAUGAUCCCUACCAGAGAAUGGUUUACAUUGCUGCCUUUGCUAUUUCUGGCUAUGCCACAGCUCAAUACCGUAACCGUUAUAAGCCCUUUAACCCAGUUUUGGGGGAGACGUUUGAGUGUGUAAGGGAGGACAGAGGCUUCCGCUACAUCAGUGAACAAGUUUGCCACCACCCACCCAUAUCUGCUUGCCAUGCUACCUCUGGUAACUUCUGUUUCUGGCAAGACCAGAGGUGGAAGAAUAAAUUCUGGGGAAAGUCUUUGGAGAUAAUGCCAGCUGGAAUGAUCAAUGUUACUCUUUCAAGGUAUGGCGAUCACUACGAGUGGAAUAAAGUGGUGACGUGCAUUCACAAUGUUCUCAGUCAGCAGCGCUAUCUAGAGCAUUAUGGAGAGGUCACCAUCCACAACCUCAACAGCUCAGUCUGCACCUGUAAGAUCACAUUUGUCAAGUCCCGCUACUGGGGCUCAGAUGCAAAUAAAAAUGAGGUUCGAGGUCAAGUACUUGACCAGGGCGGUAAUGUUGUGCAUCGAUUUGGAGGAUUUUGGCAUGAAGGGAUCUUCUGUGAUACGCUGCCCAACCCACAGUGUAUCUGGAAGCCAAACCCUCAGCCGAAGGACUAUAUCCUCUACUAUGGCUUUUCCAACUUUGCUAUGGAAAUGAAUGAGCUGACCCCUGACCUCAAACCUCUGCUGCCCCCCACAGACUCACGCUUGCGUCCAGAUCAGAGGAUGCUGGAGGAAGGCAGAGUGGAAGAAGCAGACAAGAAGAAAGAUGAAGUGGAAGAAAAACAAAGAGAGAGGCGGAAAAUUCUUUCCAAGAGAGGGGAGGAGCAUAUCCCCCGCUUCUUCAGAAAAUCUAUUGAUGCUGCUGGUAGAGACGUAUGGGUGACAAAUGGAACUUACUGGAAUCUCAGAGAGAAUCCUGGAUUCGCCAACAUCAAAAACUUGGAAUUGUGGUGAAGUGCAAAGACAGACAGACAGACAGAGAAAGACAAAGAGAGAGACAGAGAGACAGAGAGACUCUUUGGACAAUAAAAGAGGCAUCAUUUCCUUUAUUCUAGUAAAACAGACAUGGACCCUGGAGCAUGGAUGAACUGCCCAGAAGUUGCUGAGCAAGGAUAGUGCUCAUAUUUACCAAACUCAGACCAAGCUUUCCCUGUUCUCACUGCUAAAGCACUAAAGCUUUGUCUUCUCUAUUCUUAACUGCCCAUCUGGUAUUGAAGAGUGUGAUUUGUAUCUCUAUCUGCCUUCUCCCUUCAAAUAUGUGGGUGCCUGUAGCACAAACUGGACACAUGAAGCCGUGGAAAGUUCUCUACAUCAGGGCCAUACCAGGUGGCUGGGGAGAAAUUAUGAUAUUAUGAUACUAUUAUAAUACUACUGCUAUGAUGCAUGUUAUGAAAUAACUGAUGUUUGAGAGGAAAACCGUGCUUGAAACUCCUCCUGCUUCUUAUGUAAAGGUAUCUUUCUAAAGUUAUUUAGGAGGGACGAGUUACCCCACAAAGUUUUGACCUCCCCAUCUCCUCCAUGUAUAAAGCAGUGUAAAGCAGAAGCCCUAAGAACUCCAGCCCAAGUACUCAUAUUCUUCUCAUACUACAACCAGAUGUCGAUGAUGUGGUCUGAACUAGCUGAAGCCUUAACUUUUCUUUCUGAUACAGAUCAGAAACCAUUUGUGUCAUAUAGGUCAACUGAGUCUCAAUAAAGAAGAGACUUAGAGUAGAAGUCUGAUAUUAUGGGACUCCUAAAUGGCCCAGUUACUUAUGAGAGUUUGAAUCCUGUGGCCAGGAGUCCAAGCAAGUACAGAAGGCCCCGCUGCUCUGCAGGGGAGGAUGGCUUAGCCUUCCUUUUCUGCCCAUCUACAGCACUACAGGCCAAUUGUGGCCAUCUGAGAUUACACUUUGCAUUUAUUAUCCUAUAGGCAAAGAAAAACAUGGUCUUUGUGCUCACUCUAGCUUGUAUGUAGCACUGUGACAGUGAUUAAAAAUGAAUACAUAAGGAUUAUGUGAUAGGAUCAUAACUUUGUUGUCAAUAUGAAAUGCAUGCAUUUUGUACAUGUUUUUUUCUGUUCUCAAAGAUAAUAUCAUAGGUUUUCAUUAGUUGAACAAGUAUUUGCUCACAACAAGAGAGGGGAGUAAUAUGGAACUAUCUGUAGCUUUAAUUUUCUCACAUGGCUUUAUACAGAAAUACUUUCAUGGUAGAUUGUCUUGCAUGUGUAAGGACUUUGUUUCUUUUUCAAAGUCAUAGCUCACCCAGAGAGACUUCCUCUAAUAGGAUUAAGUCUAAUCUGGUCCCUCACACAGGAACCACACAGUCUGCUCAGAGAGGAACUUCUUUUGUAUGUAUAUAUUUCUGUAAUCCAAACAUCUUACCAUGUUAAUGUAUACUAUUGUAUUAAAUCAAAUGUAAAACUGUCAUUACAAAUAAGCUGCAAAUAUCAGCACAAUGCAGUGUUAGAUUGUGUGUGAAGUGUCAAAUCGCACUUGAAUUGUUUGAUUAAAAAAAAAACAGUCCUCCCAGGCUUAGCAGAAACAUGUACAAAGCAAGUUUACAAUGAAUAAUCUUAAUCAGUGACAAAUAACAAAUAUAAUAAACUUAACAAAUAAAAGACU